GUCUGACGUUUGGCGCCGCCGGGGAGGGAAGGAGGGCGGGCUGCACGAGUGGGCGCGGGCGCGGAGGGUCAGAAAGUGCUGGAGAUGGGCUUUUAAUGAAGGAGAGAGGCUCUUGGGUCCAGCAGGUGACUUCUGCAGCUGUAGGGAGAGGAUACCGGUACCCAAAGGCUUCUGAUGGUUGUUGGGAGACACUGAGCUGUGUGUACUCCAUGCCUGGCGCAUAAACAUUCAACAAGAGCUACCGAACGGGCACUGGAAUCCGGGAGAACUUGUUUUCGAAUCCCAGUAAAGUCACUUGCUAGAUGUGGCAUUUGGCUCCCGGGAGCAGCACCAGGGCCAGGGAGACAAUGGUCUCAGUGACUAUGGCCACUUCCGAGUGGAUCCAGUUCUUUAAGGAAGCCGGCAUUCCUCCCGGGCCUGCUGUCAAUUACGCCGUGAUGUUUGUGGAUAAUAGGAUCCAGAAGAGCAUGCUGCUGGACCUCAACAAGGAGAUCAUGAAUGAGCUGGGCGUGACCGUGGUGGGCGACAUCAUCGCCAUCCUCAAGCAUGCCAAGGUGGUGCACCGCCAGGACAUGUGCAAAGCUGCCACCGAGUCAGUGCCCUGCAGCCCCAACCCCCUCCUGGGCGAGAUUCGCCGAGGCACCUCUAGCGCUGCCUCUCGAAUGAUCGCCAACAGCCUGAACCGCGACUCCCCACCCAGCACUCCCCCGAGGCGGCCGGACACCAGCACGUCCAAGAUCUCGGUCACCGUGUCCAACAAGAUGGCAGCAAAGAGUGCCAAGGCGGCUGCAGCCCUGGCCCGCCGCGAGGAGGAGAGCCUGGCCGUCCCCACCAAGCGGCGCCGGGUCACAGCCGAGAUGGAGGGCAAAUACAUCAUUAACAUGCCCAAAGGCACCACCCCCCGGACCCGCAAGAUCCUGGAGCAGCAGCAGGCGGCCAAAGGUCUCCACAGGACGUCCGUGUUUGACCGCCUCGGCGCCGAGACCAAGGCAGACACGACGACAGGGAAUAAACCCACAGGAGUCUUCAGCCGUCUGGGGGCCACCCCAGAGAUGGACGAGGAUCUGGCUUGGGACAGCGACAAUGACAGCAGCAGCCCUGUCCUGCAGUAUGCCGGGGUCCUGAAGAAGCUGGGCCGGAGCCCAGCCAAGCCCAGUCCCCAGCCAGCACUGACUGUCAAAGCUAAGGCCACAAGCUCAGCCACAAUGGCUGCCACCCCGACGCUGCGGCGCCUGGCCCUUUCCUCACGCCCUGCGCUCGAGAGGAAGCCAGAGUCCCUGUCCAAAGGCAGCAUCAUCCAGAGACUGGGCAAGGCUGCCCUUGUGCCUGAGGCCCAGGACAGCCAGGUCACGAGCACCAAGAGUAAGUCCUCGGCCGAGGUCAAGGUCACCAUUAAGAGGACUCUGGUGGGGCCCCGGGGGAACAGCUCCAGCGAGGGCCUGGGUGCCCAGAUGGACCAUGCGGGCACAGUGAGCGUGUUCAAAAGACUGGGCCGCAGGACCUUCUAGCCUCCGGGCAGGGCGCAGACCCCUGUCCAGGCUCCUGGGUCCACCAGAGGCUCCAGUGAGGGCGCGCCCAGCCCUCUGCUGGCUUCCGGAUGACACUGCUGGUCCCCCUCAGGCAUGGGAGCCGGCCAAGCUUUCUGGGGAUUCCCCCCGGUUUUGGGUCCGACAUGGUCGUUGUGGCCUGGCCUUGCCGCUCUGGCCUUUCCUUUCUCUCGUGUCCUCUGCGCUCUCCUCUCUGACUGUGGCCUUGGCAGGGCCCACUUCUCUACCUCUCCCAGUGCCAAGUGCCCUUUUCCCUCCCCCUCCCUGCCUCUCAGCAGCAUCUGCUGCCUCAGCCCCAGCCCCCCCACCUUCCACUCCCCCCGAGUGGGCGUCACCUGGAGGGGCUCCCUUUCCCCCACACCUUGCCGACUUCCCCUCGCCCCUCUGCCCCGUCCCCCUGCUACUUUAACUUCUCGGUCUCUCCCUGUCUUCACGCUGUUCAUUUCUCUUCUGUUUUCUGUCCCUGUGGCAAGGCCCGACUGUGCGCUGCGUCCUGCCUGACCCUCCUGCGCCUCCGGCCUCCCAGCGGCCCCGUCGGCGGUGGCGUCGAGCCUGUAGAGACUGUUA